CAGCUUCUGACAAAUCAGGACAUCAGAGCACUGAUCUUUCUGCUUCUAUGUGCUAAGAUGGCUCUCCUUCACAGCGUGCUUUUACUGAUUUUCAGCUGGUCUGGGCUUAGUCUCCUCCUGCAGCUGGCGGCAGCCGGACUGGUGGCUGUGGUUGGAGUUUGGACGUUGAGGCUGCUGGCUCGACAUGCCUGGUACACUCAUAAGUUGUCCCGCUUCAAUAAGCCACCAACACAUUCAUGGCUGAUAGGUCACCUUGGCCAGAUGCGGAGCACAGAGGAAGGUCUUCAAGAGGUGGAUGUGUUGGUGCAGACCUACAAGCACUCCUGCUGCUGGUUUUUUGGGCCUUUCUAUCACCUGGUGAGAGUCUUCCAUCCUGACUACCUGAAGCCCCUGCUGAUGGCGUCUGCCAACAUCACAGUGAAGGAUGAGCUUAUUUAUGGCCAUCUGCGUCCAUGGCUGGGAAACAGUUUGUUGAUAAGCAGCGGAGAGGAGUGGUCUCGCAAGAGGCGACUGUUGACUCCGGCAUUUCAUUUCGACAUUCUUAAAAACUACAUCUUGACAUUUAACGCCUCGACUAACACCAUGCAUAAUAAAUGGCAGCGCCUGGUGGCAGAAGGAACAACCAACAUAGAGAUGUUUGACCAUGUCACUCUGAUGACACUGGAUAGCUUAUUAAAGUGCGCCUUCAGCUACCAAAGCAACUGUCAGGAGUCCACCAGUGAAUAUGUGUCUGCCAUUGUGGAGCUCAGCGACCUGGUGAUAGAUCGCCGCCUUCGCAUUUUGCAUCACUGGGACUGGAUCUACUGGAAAACCCAGCAAGGACAAAGAUUCAAACAAGCAUUGAGUGUGGUACACAGGUUCACCAGGGAUGUUGUACAGAAGCGCCGUGCUCUCAUUGACCAGCAGGGGGAGACAGAGACGCAAACCAGUCUGAAAACAGCACCACAGAGAAAUAAAGAUUUCGUGGACAUCAUUCUGACGUCAAAGGAUGAAGACGGACAAGGACUUACAGAUGAUGAAAUACAGGCGGAAGCAAACACCUUUAUGUUUGCAGGACAUGAUACGACAGCAAGCGCAAUUUGCUGGACGCUGUACAAUUUAGCUCGACACACCCGCUAUCAGGAAACAUGCAGGCAGGAAGUGAUGGAGCUGAUGCAGGGACGAGAUGGGCAUGAAAUAGAGUGGGAAGAUCUGUCCAGCCUUCCUUUCACCACCAUGUGCAUCAAAGAGAGCCUCAGACUCCACUCGCCCGUCCAGGCUGUAACCAGGAAGUACACCCAGGACAUGAUGCUGCCGGGAGAUCUCACGGUACCAGAGGGUGUAAUCUGUUUAGUCAGCCUUUAUGGGACACACCACAACCCUGAAGUCUGGACAAACCCACAUGAGUUUGAUCCUCUUCGUUUUGAGCGAACCAACACACAGAGUCGCUUGUCUCAUGGCUUCAUCCCCUUCUCCUCAGGCCCCAGGAACUGCAUCGGACAGAAGUUCGCCAUGGCUGAGCUUAGAGUUGUCGUGGCUCUGACCCUCCUGAGGUUUCGUCUGAGCCUGGGUGUUAACCCUGAAUUAGGGAGCAGCUCGGGGGGAGUGCGGCGCCUCCCCCAACUCGUCCUGCGUGCUGAAGGAGGUCUGUGGCUGCAGCUGGAACCUCUGAAUGAGUCAACCUAUAGGGAACCUCCAAAGAAAUGAUCUAAUUACAGUUUUCUGUCAUAAUGUAAAAUGCAUAAACAUGAUGUAAGAUUGUAACAGUUUAACCAAAACUCUGCUUUAACCUGUUUGAACACAAUGUUUUACUGGAUUAUUCCAAAUGGAUCAAUUCUAGCCUAAAUAAAUUAUUACUAUUGUAAAUCCAAGAUAUUAAGACAAAUAAUAUUUAUAUAAUGAAUAAAAAAUGGGUUAAACAAUUUUCAUGUAUCUGAUCAUUUAAAAAAACUAAAACCAUACAUCUAAAAAAAAUAUAAAAUGUAUUGAGAAUUAUUUAAAUUUGUCAAUAAUUUACUAAUUAAGCAAUAAAAAAUAUAUAUAGCAAUCAAGAUCAAAAAUGUAAAUUUCUAUUAAUUAUUUUAGUAAUUAUUUUAUUUUAAUAUUUAUUUAGUAAUGUAUUGUGCCAUUCAAGGACAAAAAGUACCAGAUCCUAAAGUGCCACUAUCCAAUAAAUUAAUCAUCUGUUUUUUAAAUUUUAUAUUUUUGAUUACUGAGAUGAAUUUGUACCAAAUACAUGAAAUAAGUAAAACAUUUAAAACUGUUUAGAAUUUUUAUUAAAUAGAAAAUAUAAUAAUUGAAUCUAGAAAUUAAUAAUUAUCAUUCAGUUUCCUUAUAUGUUAAAGUUUUUUAUCAGUAUUGUUUUAGUUGCUUCAUGUUUGCUGCACCAUUAUGAGAACAAAAAGUCCCAUUAUCCAAUAAAAAUUAUUUUGUUAAAUAAACCUUUUAAAAAUUGAAUAUUUAAAUAAAAAUUUUAAAUAAACAUGUAUAUGUAUUUUUUACGUGUGUAAAUAUUUUGAUUUAGAAUUUGAUGCAUUUGAAUUACAUGUAGAGGUUUUCGUAUUUUUUUUAUUAUUUCAUAUUUGUUGUGCGGCACCAAAAGUGUCAACAUGCAAUAGAUAAGUAGCCUGAAAUAUUAUUAUAUAUAUGACAAUGUACAUACAACUGUAAUAAAUUCAAUAAAUAAAAAUAUUUAAA